AUGCCACCUCGCUCAAGGACCGUCAAGGGUGUCAAGAGCGUCAGGUUUGCUGACACUCCCGAAUCUGCAUCGUUCCGACCAACCGGGACUGGAACGCUAGCUCGCCGCUUUGGCCUGCUGUUUGCCGCCAUACUCACGCUCGUCGUCCUAUCCGUCAUCCGUAUCAACCCCACGUCCUUAUCGGCCAAGCUUGGCGAGGGCGAAAACAUCGUGGAUUAUGAUAGACCAGACGAUGACUUGCAAUUCUGCGCGUCCAGUGUACCCCGCGGUGCGCGUCCCCCGGCACCUGUCAACCCGUGGGCGCAGCUCAGCAUGUACGAGCUCGUCGACGUGCAGUCCUGGCUCACCCAACCCGGGCUCGGCCUCAACCUCAGCUCUGUCGACGAGCUGCACCCGGCACUGAACUACAUCUACAUGAUCAGCCCAUACCCACCGUCUAAGGCCGAUGCGCUUGCGUACCUCGAGGAUCCCUCUGAGAAUACCAUCCCCGAGAGGCAUGCCCGCGUCACUAUUCAUCACGGUGGAGUGGAAUACCCAGUUAUCAGGGAUUAUCUCUUGGGCCCGCUGCCUACCAAUGAGAAAACGCGGUUGAGGCCGUUGGAGGACAUAUACCACAACGAGAUCAAGUUCAAUGCACGAGGGGUGGACGUUAAGGACUGGAACCUGGGAAACUUUAUCAAGAAGGUCACCGAGCCUAUCAAGGAGGCGAUGCAGGUCCUCCUUGGUGGUGCCCCAAAUGAUGGGAUUGUCCCUGCCGGAAGCGGACCGUUCAGCUUUGACGGAUCGUUCAGGCGCAUGUGGAUGGGCUGGAAGAGGGAUACAUCAGGCUUCUUUAUGCACCCGUUGAACCUUUUCCAAUACGUUGACUUCAGUGGAUCUGACCCCUCUCUGUGGAAGUUGUCGAAGCUCGUUUAUGAUGGACAAGUUUUCUCCAACACCACCGAGUUCAUGGAUGCCUUUCACAAUGGCGAGCUCAAUCCCGUCCCCACUAUUUCGCCAGAAGAAUCAGAUCUGUCGUGGAGCACGCGUGUUCGCAAGGGCCCUAAACGCGACCUCGAUGAUCUACCUGGUCCCCGUGCAGUCUCGUUCGGUGGCGUAAGGUUUAGGGUUGACCAAGCUACUCAAUACGUCAGCUGGAUGGGCUGGGGAAUGUAUCUUAGUUUUGACAGAGACAUCGGCUUGAGCCUGUGGGAUAUCAGAUUUAGAAACGAGAGGAUCGUCUACGAGCUGGCUCCGCAGGACGCUCUAGCGCAAUAUGCUGGGAACGAUCCAUUUCAAUCAACGACGGCUUGGCUUGAUCGCUACUUUGGCAUUGGUCUUGCCGUGCGGGACAUGCUCCCUGGCUAUGACUGCCCUCAUGAAGCUGUGUUCUUGCCCGCAACUACUUAUUCAUCCGCCGGUAUAUUCUCUCGCCAGAAGGGCAUCUGCGUGUUUGAGCAAGAUAGUGGCCGGCCUAUAACCAGACACCUGGGCUAUGAGAAGAACGAAUUUGGUGCAGUCAAAGGCUACGAGCUUGUCGUCAGAAGCAUUGCGACGCUUGGCAAAAUGAAAUUUGCGUUGAUUUUCGAUUAUAUCUUUCACCUGGAUGGAACCAUUGAAGUACGCGUCUCUGCGUCCGGUUAUUUGCAAGCAGGCUAUUACAACCCUGAUGCCCUAGAUUAUGGAACUAGGAUCUGGGAGACCACAAUGGGAAGCCUUCACGAUCACGUCAUCAAUUUCAAGGUCGACCUCGAUGUUGCGGGAACCUCGAAUUCCUUCCAGAAGACCACGCUGAGCCAAGAAGAAAUAGACCAGCCUUUCUACGACGAAGAUUGGGGGAGCACCACUAUCCAGCAGCGAAUCGACCGGGAAUUUAUCGAGACCGAGGAUGAUGCUCGGGUCAAGUACCCAACGAAUUUCCAGGGAGGAUACUCGAUAGUGAAUCAGGAGGAGAAGAACAAGUGGGGUCACGCUCGAGGGUAUUCCAUUCACCCCGGUUAUUCUCCUAUCCACAGCACUCUUGUUGGCUCCAAGCGCCUGCUGAAGAACGCGGAUUGGGCACAAUACAACCUCGCCGUCUCCCGUCGCAAGGAGACGGAACCAUCGUCAAGCAGUAUGUGGAAUAUGAAUCUACCUGGCGCUCCGCCUGUGGACUUUGCUCAGUUCUUCGACGGCGAGAGCCUCUCUCAGGAAGACCUCGUAGCGUGGAUCAACAUAGGGAUGCAUCAUUUGCCCCAAGCCGAAGACGCGCCCAGCACACGCACGAAUACGGCAACAUCAAGCUUCUUCCUCUCUCCGCUUAACUACUUUGACCACGACGUGUCGAUCGAGUCCAUGAACGCGAUCCUACUCAACAUGCCCACGGAGCCCGGCGCGCCGUUCACGUACGACGACUAUGGCGUCAAGCCGCUGCAGUGCGUCCCGCCUGCGGUGCCGCCGUUCACCUAUGAGGCGAUGCAGAUUUUCGAUCUGGAGGGCAAGGAGGUCCCUGCGGCAAGCGUUGGGGAGCUGAGGAAGGCAUCGGAGCUGUAUCAUCGUAUUCAGGUGGAGCUUUAGAGGUCAACAAUUGGGCACUUCUACAUGACUAUGAGCUGAGUUUGGAUAGAGGAUCUAUGCGCGCUGUUGUUGGCUUAGACUUGCUAUUGUGUAUCAUUUAUGUGGAAUUACUACAAUGUAUCAAAAUUUAUCGUGCAAUGAGCCUAC